UCCGCCUUCCUUUGGCCCCUUCCGUCUCGCGUCGGCCUCUUAACGGCCGCUCGGCCUCACGCCAGCGCCCGGCUAUACUACCUUUCGCCCGCCCGUCUCCGCCUCCAUGCAGCACCGCUCACCGGCGGCGGCCACGGCCUCCGGAGCUGCCUCCACUGCGGCCGCCAUGGAGCCAGGCGUCGGCGGCGUCGAGCCUGCGGUGACGCUCGACCAGGUGCCGCGCUGGAGCGACCCCGACCAGCGCCUGUACACGCCGUCCUCCUCGUCCGCUACCGCCGAAGCCGCGGACGGCGGAUCCGAGCCCGCAGCGUCCGCCUUCCUCUCCUUCUCCGACCCGCUCACCGGCGACGACGGCGGCGCCGCCGGUGGUGGCUGCGCGAGCGCCUCGCGCUUCCCCGUGGACCACGAGAUCAACUCCAGGAUCUACCUCUGGCGGGGACACCCCUGGAACAUGGAGGUCGACGCCGUCGUCAACUCCACCAACGAGAGCUUGGACGAGGCGCACAGUAGUCCCGGGCUGCACGCUGCAGCGGGUUCUGGGCUCGCGGAGGAAUGCGCCACCUUGGGAGGGUGCCGAACUGGGAUGGCAAAGAUGACCAAUGCAUACGAUCUUCCUGCGAGGUAGGCAUUUAGUGACCCCGUCUCAGUUUUUCACGUGGAAAAUGAAUGUAGUUCCCUUUUUUAGUAGAAAAUGGAACAUAUGUCCUGUGCGAAAUACUGUU